CGCUCGGCUCAGCUCGGCACGGCUCAGCUCGCCACGGCACGGUACGGGUUGCCAUGACAAGUGUUUUCUCCCGCUAGCCCCGGGACCGCUCGGCCGCCUCCCCACAGCCGCCCCCCCAUCCCAUGGCCAUCCGCGGGGGCUCCGCCGGCAGCCGGGCGCCGAGGGGGCUGAGCCGCUCCAGUUGCUGUGGUAUCCAGGGAGCCCUCCUCCUUCUGCGGGAGAAGCACGCUGGUCGUUGCUAAGGUCGCCUCCGCGGUAACAUGCACAUCCUGUUUACACCUUUAUCCGGAGAAGUUGGGCUCGGUUAGAGGCACCCGCUUCACCCGGCUACCCCCCAGGGAAGGGGCAUCCCCUCCUCAGACCCUCCAGGGAGGGAACUGCAGGAGCCAAGCAGCCGGCGUCGCCAGCACAGCGCCGGCGAGAUGACGAACAACGUGGCCGACCACCACCCCGGCAACUCGGUCGCUGAAGGCAACCAUGAAGGGGACUUUGGUUGCUCCAUGGUGGAGCUCAGGAACCUCAUGGAGCUGAGGAGUGCCGAAGCGGUCGCCCGGCUCAACGACUCCUAUGGCGGGGUGCAGAACGUCUGCAAGAGGUUGAAGACGUCGCCAGUUGAAGGCCUGUCUGGGAACCCGACUGACCUGGAGAAGAGGCGGCAGGUCUUCGGCCAGAACUUCAUUCCUCCCAAAAAGGCCAAGACGUUCCUGCAGUUAGUGUGGGAGGCACUCCAGGACGUCACGCUCAUCAUCUUGGAAAUCGCAGCCAUAAUCUCCUUGGGCCUCUCCUUCUACCACCCUCCGGGUGGUGACAAUGAAUUGUGUGGGCAGUCGACAGGCGGCGUGGAGGACGAGGGCGAGUCGCAGGCCGGCUGGAUCGAAGGGGCAGCUAUCUUGUUUUCUGUGAUCAUCGUGGUGCUGGUGACUGCUUUCAAUGACUGGAGCAAAGAGAAGCAGUUCCGGGGCCUCCAGAGCCGCAUCGAGCAGGAGCAGAAGUUCACGGUCAUUCGCAAGGGGCAGGUGAUUCAGAUCCCGGUGGCCGAGAUCGUGGUGGGAGACAUCGCACAGAUCAAGUAUGGUGAUCUCUUACCAGCAGAUGGGAUCCUGAUCCAGGGCAAUGACCUGAAAAUAGAUGAGAGCUCACUGACUGGGGAGUCAGACCAAGUGAAGAAAUCCCUGGAUAAAGACCCCAUGCUGCUGUCAGGCACCCAUGUGAUGGAGGGCUCUGGCAGGAUGGUGGUGACUGCUGUGGGGAUCAACUCCCAGACCGGCAUCAUCUUCACUCUCUUGGGUGCAGGAGAAGGAGAUGAGGAAAAGAAGGUGAAGAAAGGUAAAAAAACCGGAGCCCCCGAAAAUCGCAACAAAGCUAAAACUCAGGAUGGUGUGGCCUUAGAGAUCCAACCCCUGAAGAGCCAGGAAGGGGUGGAAAAUGAGGAGAAGGAGAAGAAGAAGGUGAAGGUGCCCAAGAAGGAGAAAUCUGUGCUGCAAGGGAAGCUCACGCGUCUGGCGGUGCAGAUCGGGAAGGCGGGGCUGAUCAUGUCGGCCAUCACCGUCAUCAUCUUGGUGCUGUACUUCGUGAUCGACACGUUUGGGGUGCAGGGGCGGCCCUGGCUGGCAGAGUGCACCCCCAUUUACAUCCAGUACUUUGUCAAGUUCUUCAUCAUCGGGGUCACAGUGCUGGUGGUGGCUGUGCCUGAGGGGCUCCCGUUGGCAGUCACCAUCUCCUUGGCCUACUCCGUGAAGAAAAUGAUGAAGGACAACAACCUGGUGAGACACUUGGACGCGUGUGAGACCAUGGGCAACGCCACAGCCAUCUGCUCGGACAAGACGGGCACGCUCACCAUGAACCGCAUGACCGUGGUUCAAGCCUACGUGGGGGACACCCACUACCGCCAGAUCCCUGACCCCGAGGCCAUCCUGCCCAGAGUCCUGGACCUCAUCGUCAACGGCGUGGCCAUCAACUCCGCCUACACCUCCAAGAUCCUGCCACCCGAGAAGGAAGGGGGGCUACCCCGGCAAGUGGGGAACAAAACCGAGUGUGCCCUGCUGGGUUUUGUGCUGGACCUGAAGCAGGAUUAUCAGGCUGUGAGGAACGAGGUGCCCGAGGAGAAGCUCUACAAGGUGUACACCUUCAACUCGGUGCGCAAGUCCAUGAGCACCGUGCUGAGGAACGGCAACGGCGGCUUCCGCAUGUACAGCAAAGGAGCCUCCGAGAUCAUCCUCCGCAAAUGCACCAAGAUCCUGGACAAGAACGGUGACCCUCGGGUGUUUAAGGUGAAGGACCGGGAUGAGAUGGUGAAGAAGGUGAUAGAGCCCAUGGCCUGCCACGGGCUGAGGACCAUCUGCCUGGCCUUCCGGGACUUCCCUGCUGAGCCUGAGCCCGACUGGGACAGCGAGAACGAGAUCCUGUCAGACCUGACCUGCAUUGCUGUGGUUGGCAUCGAGGACCCUGUGAGGCCAGAGGUGCCAGAUGCCAUCCUGAAGUGCCAACGUGCGGGGAUCACCGUCCGGAUGGUGACGGGGGACAACAUCAACACGGCCCGUGCCAUCGCCACCAAGUGUGGCAUCCUGCUGCCAGGGGAGGACUUCUUGUGCCUGGAGGGGAAGGAGUUCAACAGGCUCAUCCGCAACGAGAAGGGAGAGGUAGAACAGGAGCAGCUGGAUAAGAUCUGGCCCAAGCUGCGUGUGCUGGCCCGCUCCUCCCCAACAGAUAAGCACACACUUGUGAAAGGAAUUAUCGACAGCACUGUUGGUGACCAGAGGCAGGUGGUGGCUGUGACUGGGGAUGGGACCAACGAUGGCCCAGCUCUGAAGAAAGCUGAUGUUGGGUUUGCCAUGGGCAUUGCAGGCACGGAUGUGGCGAAGGAGGCAUCAGACAUCAUCCUGACGGACGAUAACUUCACCAGCAUCGUCAAGGCCGUGAUGUGGGGCCGCAAUGUCUACGACAGCAUCUCCAAGUUCCUGCAGUUCCAGCUCACUGUUAACAUCGUGGCUGUCAUCGUGGCCUUCACAGGCGCCUGCAUCACGCAGGACUCUCCUCUGAAGGCUGUCCAGAUGCUGUGGGUGAACCUGAUCAUGGACACCUUUGCCUCCUUAGCGCUGGCCACGGAGCCGCCGUCCGAGUCGCUGCUGCUGCGCAAACCCUACGGCCGCAACAAGCCGCUCAUCUCCCGCACCAUGAUGAAGAACAUCCUGGGCCACGCCGUGUACCAGCUGACCAUCAUCUUCACACUGCUUUUUGCAGGGGAGAAGUUCUUUGACAUCGACAGUGGCCGGAAUGCCCCUCUGCACUCCCCACCCACCGAGCACUACACCAUCGUCUUCAACACCUUUGUCAUGAUGCAGCUGUUCAACGAGAUCAACGCCCGCAAGAUCCACGGAGAGAGGAACGUCUUUGAGUCCAUCUACCGCAACCCCAUCUUCUGCACCGUGGUGCUGGGGACGUUUGCAGCUCAGAUCAUCAUUGUGGAGUUUGGUGGGAAGCCCUUCAGCUGCUCUGGACUCACCCUGAGCCAGUGGUUCUGGUGUAUUUUUAUUGGAGUGGGAGAGCUGCUCUGGGGACAGCUGAUCUGCACUGUCCCAACCAGCCACUUGAAGUUCCUGAAGGAAGCUGGGCAUGGCAUCACCAAGGAGGAGAUCCCAGAGGAGGAGCUGCCUGAAGACGUGGAUGAGAUCGACCACGCUGAGAUGGAGCUGAGGCGUGGGCAGAUCCUGUGGUUCAGGGGUCUCAACAGGAUACAGACACAGAUGGACGUAGUUUACACAUUCCAGACCGGCGCCUCCUCUUUGCAGGGAGCCCUCAGGAGACAGCCUUCCAUCGUGAGCCAGCACCACGAUAUCAAAGUGGUGAAUGCGUUCCGUAGCUCCCUGUACGAAGGCCUCGAGAAACCCGAAUCCAGAAGCUCCAUCCAUAACUUCAUGACUCACCCAGAGUUCAUCCUGGAGGAAGAUGAGCCUCGAACACCAUUCCUUGAUGGCGCUGAAGACGACCCUGAGACCGACGGACUCAAAAAGCGAGGUGGGGGCAACCUGGCUGGAACUACAUCCCUCAACAGAAAUAACAAUGCAGUGGACAGCGAGCAAGCUGAGCUCACCAUCCCGGAGCCUGAAAGUCUUUUACACAGCUUGGAGACAUCAGUUUGACCUUUAGAACUUUGAACCCCUCCUCCUCCUCCUCCUCCUCCUCCACCGCCUUCGCCCCUCGCCCUGUGUGACAUUGGCACCAGUAACUGAUCACACACUGCGGUCACUUCGUGUCAAACUGCUCAUAUGUAUAUCAUUUUGGUGUUUUGUUUUGGGGAUGGGAGGGUUUCUUUUUGGUUUUUAGGGGGGGGAUUGGGGUGUUUUUUUUACCAUUAUUUAGCAGUGGGAACCAGAGUGCCACCAUGCUGGGUGUUGGGAGAGAGGCUAAGCCAAAACUGUGCAUCUCCAUCCCUCAUUUGCAGUGGUACUCGCCCAGGUUGAAGCAGCCAGGUUAUUUCCUCUCCAAGAGUUGGGCUCCAUGUGUCUGUUGAGGGUCUUCACUUGGAAAAAUGCAUGUUCAAAGCAAGCUCCAAUUGCUGUAGUCUUACCUGCACGCUCUCAGCCUGAGGGGCUGGGCUGCACUUCUGACUUUCUUUUAUGGUUUUACUUUCUUCUCUUCUUUUCCACUUGUGGUUUUUAGGGGUUUUUUCUAACGUUGGGGUUUGUUCUUUGCUUGUGGGAUUUGCCCCCAAUAACUUCACAGUGGGAAGUGGGGGGACAUCUAAACAAAUCAACAAAAUGAACCCAGCCAGGGGGAAGGUGUUUACUGCCAGGCUGAUAGAUACAGGGAUGUACACCAGUCUUCCACCUUUAGAAAUGGUACCUAGCCUUUACAGUUCCUCCUCUGUGUGUACACACACACUUUGCUCUCUCUGUUUCCAAAGCAGUAAUUAGUAGACAAGGAAAGAAAGUGACUUGGCUGGAACCUUGCUGGAUGUAAAAGAUUCUGAUUGGUUUUCUUCUUUCUGCAAAGCAAGGUGGAGGCAAACUCUGGCAGUGGAAAGGGGGUGAAGAAAAAUCUCGUGGCUGUGAGGAAAUAGGGUUCCUUCCUGGGGGUUCUGAUGCAGAUGUGUCUCUCUUGCUCUUGAAGAGCUGUGAGACUUUUGGUGAGAGCCCUUGCACAGGUUUAAUGGCUCCUGUCAUCAAGAGCAGAGGGACUUAUCCCUUCUGGCUUUGCCUGUACUGUUGGGUUAAAUAACCUUUGGCUUUGGAGUAAGAGCUCUGGUGAGGGAAGCCCAGAGGAUGCUCCAGCUGUGCCCCCCAGCUCUGCACAUCCCUGCUGAGGCAGCAGCAGGCUGGAGGGAGAACAAGCGUCGGGGUCGUGACAGUGCAGUGGGACAACUCUCAGAUCAGGGCAGGGAUGAGUCAAGGUGUCUCUUUAGCCAGUGGAAGGGGAGGAGGCUCAAUGGCAGGACCCCUGAUUUCCACAGCACUUCUGUAGCUGAUCUGCCAGUGAGGUGGCAGGUUGGUUGGUUGGUUGGUUGGCUGCAGCCUUUCAGGGAAGGUGCUGCACAGAGGCUUUGCCUCACUCGCUGCUUUUCUGGAGGUCAUCUCUUCACCCUGCAUCCUGCCUCACCUUAACCUCCAACUAUGUGGUGAAAAUCCUGGGUCUUUUGGAGCAGAGGCAGGUUGACUCUGAGCUGACCCUCUUGUGAAGCCAUGAGACUGAGCAGGAGGCAGGAAUUUGCUUCGCUUGGGCUUAGUUUCUUCCCAGUGAGCUCUUGCUGGUGCCCCCUGGUUACCAGCCCCAUACAGGCAGGGCUGGAGGAAGCUCUGCUGCCUUUUCUCCUCCAUCCUAUUCGACUUAGCUGGAAGCAGAGAGAACCUGGUUUGUAACUGGCUGUACAACAUCAUUGUCUUUGCCCAGCCUCCAGCCCUGGAAGCAGAGAGGUUUCUUAGGGAGAGGAUGGGCUGGCUGGAUUCUUCUUCUUUCCUUGCUUUCCUUUCAGAGCGCACAGCAGAAUCUCCCGUGCCUUCUCCAAGCACUGCCUGCAGCACCGCCUGCCACGCCAGGGCCCACUCCUUUUGCCAAGAAUUAAGUGUUCCUUAAGAUGCCAACACUAAACCAAGUGUCUUUGUUUCGUUUCCAGCCCAGCAGCGAUUCGUCCCUUCCAUGGGGUGGGAGGAGGGAAGGACGAGGUUUACCCCAAUCCUGCCCCAGGUAGCUGAGGAAAGGUCCUUGUCCCAGGCCUCCUGCCUCGGUGCUGGCGGAGGGGGUGAAGGCUGGGCUCCCUACACUGCCAACAGCAAGGAGAAAUUGCCACCACUGCCCACCUCAAUUGCAAAUUCAAUGUUGAGCCCCGUGCAGAUAAACCCAUCGCUGCCCUCCCCCUCUCUCCUUCACACAGGCUGAAAAAGUACCUUGGGCAGGACCUGGAGGGAGCGUGGGGGGUGGAUGGGUGGAGGCAGGGGAUUGUUUCCUUGGGUUAUACACCAGUGGUGACAGGAAAGAGAACUAAGAGUGGUCAUGGGCUUCGGUUCUGUGCUGAAGGGGACAUUGCUGAGGAGAUCACUUGAAAUACUAUUUCUAUUUGAAAUACUUGCCAAAAAAGACCCCAAACCACCAUGACAAAGGCAUGAAAAGAUGUUCUUACAGGCUUACACAACUAUUUAUGAAAUACUUUGGAGGGGAGGGGAGAGACACACACCCCCACCCCCCCCAGUCCUUCGUUUGUUGUUGCUUUAUUUUUCCUUUUGCUAUUUUUUUAAUACCUCAGACCUGUUUUACCACAAAAAAGGAAGAAACCCCAAACCAAAACAAACAAGAGACUUCAACCAACCACAAGCCAAACUUUGGAGGCUCUCAAAAGUCACUGCCACCAAUCUGUGACUGGCAGGUUGCCACAAGGGUCUGGUUUGUCCUUUAGUCCAUUUAUUUUGUCGUCGUCGUCGUUCUGGUUUCCACAGUGGGGGUGGGGAGGGAGAAAUGAUCAUCUAUAAAUAAUAUGCAAAAAAAAGAAGAAAGAGAUAUAAAUCUAGUUUUCUUUAGCUCAGAAACUGCUAUUUUUAAGUCAGCCAUAUGUAUUUUGGUUAAAAAGAGACAAUAACUAACUAAAGAGCCCUCGAGUCCCACGGCCGCAGCAGCACGGGGCUGGGUGACGGCAGUUCAAAGGGACAAGGGAAUGGAUUGAGUGACAGGGAAUGGAUUCAGUGACAGGGAAUGAAUGAAUUCAGUGUAUCAGCCAUCAGGUGCCAGUCAGCUUCCUUUUCUUUUCUCUGAGCAGCCAUCGUUCUCCUUGGCAUUAGUUGGACGACACAAGUUGGGGGAGGGGGGUGUUUUUAUACAUAUAUAUAUAUAAAUGAUGUGGGUCUGGCUGGUUGCUUCAAGUAUCAACGUUUCUUGUGCAUCUUUUCUGUAAAGUUUUGGGGCUCUUUAUUUGUUUUCCCUUCUCUUUUGUAUUCAGUUGCAGUGAUAUACUGGCAGCAGAUGACUGUUGGGUUUAAGUUAUUGAGGACGUUGCAAAAAGAGUUUUGGGGGUGGGGGGAGAGAUUGGUGCUUUAACACUGAAAGGCAUGAUCAGCAGCAUGAACUUCUGGGGACUCUCUGCAACAUGCCUUGAAAGAGGGGGAGAUAUAUAUAGAUAUAUAUAUAUAUAUAUAUAUAUAAUAUUUGCUUUGUUUGAACUGCCACGAGUGUGCACGGGGGAGAGUGCCAUACCAGACAGGAAUCAAAGUCAUACCCUGUGAUAUGUGUUUAACUUGCCUUGGAAUGCUUUGUUAUUAAAACACUCUGAACAUGAAUAGGGGUUUAUUUUGUUUUUGCAUCCAGUUCUUAAAUACCAACAGGGGUCUCUGGUGGUGGUUGGGGUGGUUUUUUUUCUGUUCAAUAAAUUGGAGGUUUGGUACCAAAGACAUUACACCACGUCCUGUGUGCAUUGCUCCACCAGGCAUUUUGUAGGUGUUUGCAUUCUGUGAGGAGGUUUCCUUUGAUUUGCACAGGGGUUAGACUUAAUUUUCAAAGGUUUUUGGGGUUUAUUUUUUGGUGCAAUAAUAAGCUUUGAGGGGAAAAAUUUUGAAACAAUCUCAAGAAGGAAAAAAACUAAACCCCAUUUUAGCAUGGGCAGCCCUUUGCAGCCUUUUGGCUUUCCCCAGCACUGCCACAUGCUGGCCUGUAGUGCUCAGCCCCUCUAGCAAUGCUUCUUGGGGUGACAUGGUGUUGAGGUGAAGGGAGAAGCCUCCUCCCACACUGAGGGAGGGCAACUCUAUGAUGCCAUUGUCAACUCCUGUUGCUUUCCAUGACUGCAGGGCCCAAGCACCUCCAAGGAGAGUCCCUGCAAAGCUUUUGUACCUCCUUGGGGAAGGACACGUGUCCCUGCCUGCUCUUGCUUCUCUCUGCUCAGCCCAGCUCCUCCAGGUUUAUCAACCCACGGAGCAUGCAAGUCAUAAAACAGCCUCCUGCUAGGGCACAGUGCCAUUGGGGGUACUGCUCUCCAAAUCCUGCCCCAAACAGCGAGGCUGUGGGGCAACACCAGCGUGUUUCUUGGCACCUGGCUGAUUUUUCUCCAGCAUCUCUCUGCCAAGGCUGUUGCCCCUCACUCCUCAGUCUGGCUCAUCUCUGGCUGUUCUGCCUCCUCUCUCUUCCCCUUCAACAAGAAAAACCAGAACACAGUUUUCAUUCAGCAAAGCCCAUGGCUAAAACUGCCUUUAGUUUCUUUCCUCCCCUUUAAAUAAAUAUAUAUAUAUACAGUAUUAACUCCACAUUUCUGUGUGUGUAUAUAUAAUUAUCCAAUGCUCUCACAACAGAAGUUUCUUUUGAAGAGGGCACACAGAUCUGAGUUUUCUUUUUCCAGUAACUGAGUAUAAUAAGCACUGGUAUUUUUGUAUUAAAAAAGAAAAACAGAGACAAAAAAAAACCCAACCUACAAAAGACUGAAUAUUCUGUGGUAUGCAUGACAAAAAAAAACAAGCAGACAAACAAACUACAUGGUGGUUUCAAAGCAAUAUGUACCCUGGUGUGUUUGCCAAUAUCCUAAAGUCCAGCUUCAAGUGCACCUGAUCUGUAUUGCAUUUUGAUAUUAAUCUCUAUGUACAAUGUUUUGCAUGUAAUUUAUAUGGUUCUUGGGAGAAAAAAAAAACCACCACAAACAACAACAACAAAAAAGAGGAAUGAAUUGUCAGUUGGCUGCUUCUGAGAAAACAGACUCUGGGUGUUAUCCAACUCCAAGUGGAAGCAGAAGGGUG